AUGCCUCGUCGACCGGCUGUUGCCGAGCUGGAUGAUUGCCCAAUGAAUGAAUCCUUGUCAGCGACUUGGCGUGUAGACUCUGAAGGUGUUAUGCACCAUGAAGCCACUGGUUUGUGUAUCGGCGCUUGUGGAUUGGCCAACCCCUCUCACUCGUUCAUUGUGGAUCCGAGAGAUAUAGAGAUAGAUGAUUCUGAGAAGCCUCUGGGAAGGGGGACAUCUGGCAUCGUGAUAAAAGGCGUCCAUAAGUCAUCAGGCCUUUUACUAGCGAUCAAGAGUGUCAGAACGGAAGAUAAGGAACGGAGGGAUCAAGUUAUGAAUGACUUGAGGGUUUGUCGACUGGUUCUGGUUGGGAAGGGUAGUCUUGGAAGUCAGGGUCUUCUCCGAGCUCAGAGUUGUGAAUAUCUUGUCCGUUUGUAUGCAGCCUAUUCUACACCUAACAGUGCUUUUGUUAACAUCGCGAUGGAGCUCAUGGAUAGGGGAUCUCUGAGAGAUGUUACUAAACACGUCCCUAAUAGAACAUGGCCUGAAACUAAGGCCACGCUAGUUAUUUGGCAAAUCAUCCAGGCUCUGAAAUUCCUUCAUUCCAACCAUUCAUUGCAUCGCGAUAUUAAGCCGGAGAAUAUACUACUAUGCUCUGAUGGACAUGUGAAGUUGGCAGAUUUUGGUAUUUCGAAGGAUCUUAGCUCGACCUAUGGAAUCUGUUCUACAUUCGUCGGAACUGCACUUUACAUGUCACCAGAGAGGGCCGCGGGGGAGGAGUACACUUACUCCGCAGAUAUUUGGUCCCUUGGGGUCGUGGCCUUCGAGCUGUUGACCGGAACUAAUCCAUUCUCAAUUAGUCGUGGCUUCAUAGAUCUCUAUGACUCAUUAUGCCAUAGACCCGAGCCUCGAUUAAAUAAGAGCAGAUUUACCUCCGGUGCUUGUGGGUUCGUGACACACACGUUGGCGAGGGAUCCCUUACAACGUCCAUCUGCAAGCGAACUAUUACGUAACGAGUGGCUGGCUCCUGUGGUCUCGGCUGGUGCUCAGGAGUGUUCUGAUGAGCUUGCAGCUUGGUUGUCCACAUUGAAGUAG